AUGGAUAUGUUUCCAUUGCUUCAGAAUGAAGGUGAUGAAGAUAAAGAACAAGAAAUCACGCAUAUAGUUACAGAACACUUAUCACUAUUAGAGGAGACAAUUGCCAGGUAUUUUCCAUCUCUGAACGUAGAAAAAUAUGACUGGAUAAGAAGUCCUUUUAGCACAGGUAAUACAGCCAAUUUCCAGUUUUCUCUGAACCAAGAAGAAGAAUUUAUUUCGUUGUCAUCUGAUCGUACUCUGAAAAUUAAGUUUUCAGAAGUGAAUGUUCAGGAAUUUUGGAUCUUGGUCCAAGAGGAAUAUCCACUUCUUGCCAAAAAAGCGAUUAGUAUUUUAAUACAGUUUUCAACGUCCUAUUUAUGUGAAUUUGGGUUCUCAUCUUUAACAAACAUUAAAAAUAAGAAACGGGAAAGGCUGCUAAACUUAGAACAAGAAAUGAGAGUAGCUCUUUCCCACAUCAGGCCUGAUAUUGAGCAAAUUUGCAAACGACACCAGGCACAAGUGUCUCACUAA